UUAUCGAUCGUAACCAGACACAAAUUCGACCGUCACGACACUUAAUUAAUAAUGAUAUAAUAUAAUAUAAAUAUGGUUAAAACCAUAAUAUAAAAAAACUCAUAAUAUCCAUAAUAUAAAAAAAAAAUCAAUGAGCCAGUCACCAUUUUGCUCAACUAUAAUUUAAAGAACGUCGCAAAACAAGCCGCAAUUUUUACUUACUUACAUUUAGGACUUUAGGAUGGAUUUUCGUCCAUCUAAUUACAUAUUCAAUAUGUCAUUGAUAGGCAGCGAUCACUUUGUCAGUGUACGGUGUUGUGUGGGGCGAGGGAUGGAUGUGUAUGUAUGUAUGUAUAAUGGCCGGGCUAUUUGUCCGUUUGAACGGUCGCGGGGCACGAGAGCCGCGCCCGCAACGACGCACCGCCGCCGCCGCCACCGCCGCCGUCCGAAUUGACGAACCUGCCAUCCAUCAUAAACGCACCCCGGGCAACACCUCCCUGUCAACUAUUAUAAUUUUAACAGGUUUAGAACUACUUGUUGGUCUCUACGUCAUUAUACCCUACUUGUUGAAGACCUGCAAUUGCCAUUAUCGAAAACACCAAAGCUGUGCCGCUGUGCCGCUGUGCUCCUGUGCAGCUGUGCCGCUGUGCCGCUGUGCCUCUAUGCCUCUAUGCCUCUAUGCCUCUAUGCCUCUAUGCCUCUAUGCCUCUAUGCCUCUAUGCCUCUAUGCCUCUAUGCCUCUAUGCCUCUAUGCCUCUAUGCCUCUAUGCCUCUAUGCCUCUAUGCCUCUAUGCCUCUAUGCCUCUAUGCCUCUAUGCCUCUAUGCCUCUAUGCCUCUAUGCCUCUAUGCCUCUAUGCCUCUAUGCCUCUAUGCCUCUAUGCCUCUAUGCCUCUAUGCCUCUAUGCCUCUAUGCCUCUAUGCCUCUAUGCCUCUAUGCCUCUAUGCCUCUAUGCCUCUAUGCCUCUAUGCCUCUAUGCCUCUAUGCCUCUAUGCCUCUAUGCCUCUAUGCCUCUAUGCCUCUAUGCCUCUAUGUCGCUGUGCCGCUGUGCCGCUGUGCCGCUGUGCCGCUGUGCCGCUGUGCCGCUGUGCCGCUGUGCCGCUGUGCCGCUGUGCCGCUGUGCCGCUGUGCCGCUGUGCCGCUGUGCCGCUGUGCCGCUGUGCCGCUGUGCCGCUGUGCCGCUGUGCCGCUGUGCUUCUGUGCCGCUGUGCCGCUGUGCCGCUGUGCUUCUGUGCUUCUGUGCCGCUGUGCCGCUGUGCCACUGUUCCCAUCCCGUACAAAAUAUUUUUAUUCGUCAUUUUAUAA